GUGACAGAGCGCUAUAUGUUACAGUGAUUUCGAUUGGGUGAAACCUAUCGCGAGAAAGAAGUCUUCUUUACGUAUCAGGUCGAGUUUACUUUGAGGAACCAGAGGGACAACUUUCACAUUGCAUUUCGAUGAACGACGGUAGUGAUAAACGUGGUUUGGGACUGGACUCAAGUGUAGUUUUCGUGACUUUGUAGGACCUCGGACCCUACGAUCCGACCAACAUUUUAUCGACCAUAGAAUAGCAGAGCAGAUAGCAAGGGUCUCUUUGGACCAGCAACAAGCAUGCUAACUUCUCUGUUCGCAUUUGGAACUGUUAUUCGUGCUUGUUAUGCGUAUGAUUUUUUUUGAAGUUCGUGGGUAAUCGGGGGAGGAAAAUUUAAACUAGAUUAUUAUUAUUUAUUUUUUUGAAAAGUCAAAAUAACUAUGUUGGGGAAUGAGGGGAUCUAUGCAGCGAAGAAGAGGAAGAAACCCGUCCAGAAAAGUCUGAAGCAUGCUCCAGGUGACGGUGUGGUAAAGACCAACCCUUCAAAACGUCACCGGAAUCGUCUGAACGGGGAGCUCGACCGGCUGACCAGCCUGCUGCCCUUCUCCCCAGAGGUCAGGGGUAGGUUGGACAAAUUGUCUGUCCUGCGGCUCAGCGUGGGAUAUGUCAAGGUCAAGAGCUUCUUCCAUGCGACCCUCCAGAAGAAGUGUGAGUGGCCGGCCCCCCCUCUCAGUGGGAACUGUAGGAACGGACGGACAGCCACUUCUAUAGACGGAGUCAGCCUCUCCGAGGGAAACCUACUGCUGCAGGCCCUGAAUGGUUUUGUCCUGGUGGUCACCACUGAUGACUCUAUCUUCUACGCCUCUCCAACCAUCCAGGACUACCUGGGCUUCCACCAGUCUGAUGUGGUGCACCAGAGUGUGUAUGAGCUGAUACACAUGGAUGACAGAGCCAUGUUCAGGUGUCAGCUUCACUUCGCCCUCAAGCCCAACCAGCCCGACUCAGAGGCCGGACCAGAUGCCAUCGAGUCUAGCAGCAGGCCCCACAGUGAGUCUAUGAGCUACCCGCCCCAGCACAUCCCUGAAGAGAACAGGUCCUUCCUAGAGAGAAGCUUCUGCUGUCGCUUCCGCUGUCUCCUAGACAACUCUUCUGGCUUCCUGGCGUUGAACUUCCAGGGACGUCUGAAGUAUGUUCGAGGCCAGGGAAGGCUGGGGGAUGACGGGGCCUCGGUCCCCGCUCAGCUGGCCCUGUUUGCCAUCGCCACACCCAUGCAGACACCAGCUGUCAUGGAGAUCAGGACCAAGACACUAAUUUUCCAGACCAAACACAGACUCGACUUCGCCCCCAUAGGCAUAGAUACUAGAGGUAAAGUGGUGCUGGGUUACUCUGAGACAGAGUUGGUCACUCCAGGCUCAGGUUACCAGUUCAUCCAUGCUGCUGACAUGAUGUACUGCGCAGACAACCACAUCAAAAUGAUGAAGACAGGAGAGACUGGUUUCACCAUCUUCAGGCUGCUGACUAAGGCAGGUGUGUGGGUGUGGGUUCAGGCCAAUGCCAGGGUCGUCUUCAAGGCAGGGAGACCCGACUUCAUCAUCGCUCGACAGAAAGCCCUAACAAACGAAGAGGGUGAGGAGCACCUGCGUCAGCGGAGAAUGCAGCUUCCCUUCAACUUUGCCACUGGGGAGGCUCUGCUGUAUGAGUCCUGUCCCUCUGUGAAUACUGCCAUUAUGCCUAUAGGACCACCCAUCCCCCCUGGCCUCACUCCCCCAGGCUCCUGCCCUGAGGACAAGCCCCUGGACCCUGCGUCUCUCCUGGGGUCUCUACUCAGUCAGGACCGCUCUGUUUAUACUCAGCCCCAGGACGCUAACCCUAACCUGGAACUCCAGGUCUUUUCCCCCAACCUAGACACAGCCUUCCCCCAGGACCAGGACCCAGGCCUGGAGAGAGUCUUCCUGGACAGCCACGCUCUGCUGAGUGUCCCUGGGGAGCUCCAGGGGCCCCAGAGGCCCAGCAGGGGAGACCCCACAGCACAGGCCAUGAUGGACUCUCUGGGGGAGAUCCUGGAGGAGAUGGGGGCAGGGGGCUUGGAGGGGCUGGAGGUGGAGGAGACAGAGCUGAGGGAGUGGGAGAGCACUCUCCUCAGGAUCAACAUGGAACAGCAGGAUGUGACGGGGGAGCUGUAUGAUAUCUUAGCCAAUGAUGUGUUCUCCUACGUGGAGGAGGCUCUGAUGAGAGAGUGUGAUGAUGGAUGUGUGAUGGGCAGCUUGGGACAGGGCACUGAGCCAAUAAACAGACUUUCUGCUCACAUCACUGCCGAUCAAAACAUACUACGUGGGUUCCCUCACUCCCAGAGUUCAAUAUUGCCAGGCAACCAGGUGUUCAAUGGCGGGAAUGGCUCCCACAGUGAGAACCAAUGGCAGUUGUCUGGUCCACACAUGACCUCUAACCUCAACAGCUUUGGAGAGCAGAGGUUGCUAGGAAAUGGAGUUGUUGGUGGUGUGGAGCAAGGGCUGGGUUAUAGUCCUGGGACUGUGAGACAGCCACGGAGGACUGUAAACACAAACACACUACCCAGAGCUGCUCAGACUGUUGCAAGGCAAUGGACUCAAGGAAGCUGUGCGGAUCUUCAUGGCAACCAAAUGGUCCCACAACCUUCUCAUACUAUCAACCAACCAGAGUCCUGGAUACCCUCCAUCCAAAAUAUAAAUGAUAAUAACCACACCUCUCUCCCUGUCCCUCUCCCAAACUUUAACAACUAUCUCCCAGAGGCCUUUGACCAAACCAUGCAGCCCAGCCGGGAGUUAUACCACUCUGAGACUGGAGAUGCAAACAGGCAGUUCUCAGGGCAGCCCUAUCCAGGUCUGUCAUAUCAGGACCCAAGGCAGUCUUGGCAACAGCCACGUCAACACACACAAUGGCAACCACGGCGGAUACCACAGGGUUUUCCUGCAAAGCCAGUAAACAGACAUCAUCACACACACCCCAAACACAGCACACACAUACCGUCCAAUAACGCACCCAGAACUCAAACACUCACACACACCACACACACACCCUCAGGCAGCUGUAUGUUUGACAAGACGACUCCAAAUGUCUCCAAUCCCUCCAGCCCCCUUACAACUGCCCCAAGCAGAUCACACGGUCUCAUACCUGCCCCCACUUACUACAAUGAACCCAGACCCUCUCCCACUCUUUCCAAUGACUGUAAAAUCAGCUCUUCAACCCAGGCCUCCAAAGUCUUUACAACUUACCCUCAAGCAUCCAUAAUCUCAAGAUCUACCAAAUCUUAUCCCCAAGACUCCAUUCCUAACCUAACCUACCCCCCAGCCUCCAUCCCCACCCCCAUCCCCGCCCUAUCCAGAGGGGCUCAGAUGGAUAAGGACACAGGAGCUAUCCCUGCCUGGUCUGGGGCUCCGUACCUGGGCAUGAAGCAGCUCCCAGGCCCCUUUCCCAGCCCCAAGCAGGUUCCCCAGAGCACCAGGGGAAAUGGCAGCUGUAGUGAUCCCAGUGAAGGAAGCUUGAUGCUGGGUCAGAGGGGGUUGGAAGAAAGCCUCCUUCCUGGAGGUCCGACGCCAGGAUUUCCUCCUGAGAGAACGGAUCUGUAGAGUCAUCUUUAUUCUACUGGAAUGGACAAACACAGGUCCCUACCGGUCCUAAUGGUGAUGCGGAUCCUUUUCUCUUCACUGGCAACAUCUUCUAGAUUCUCUAGGACUAAGAGGAACCUACAAGUAACCAUCUCCACAAUGGAACCACAACAUCUUUUGGAAUCUAGGACCUACCUUGGAACCACCAACAUCUUCUGGAAGAAUACAACUGUACAAAAACCAGCACCUCUAUCGAAGACUGUUCCUUGGAGCUGGAUAAUAUUCUAUAUUAUAUUUAAUUUCCUUGUCUGGUUGAAGGGUGCUGCUUUCCAGCCAUGGACAGCCACCGGUUUAAUGUUCAGACUAGGGCUGUUACGGUGACCGUAUUACUGCCACACCGGCAGUCACUAGUCAUGACCGCAGUCAAUUUCCAUGUGACCGUUUAGUCACGCUAACUAGGCUUCUCCCAGCUCUGAUUCUGCUGAAUCAGCACUUUAUUGUCCCUCUAAUCACUCUGGCAUCAAUGCUAAUGUAAUUGAAAAUCAAAUCAAACACUUCAUGAGAGCCCAUGAGCUAUGGAAUUGCAUGAGAAAACA